AUGGGCAUCCUACCUCUCCUCAAGCUCCCCCUCUUGACUCUCUCCUUAACCCUCCUCGCCUUCUUCCUCCUGACCUAUCACCAAUACCCCCGGAUCCAAAGCACCCUAUGCCAAAGCCAAACCACGCCAAACACCCGCAAAUCCCCCCUGGACCCCGAGGCGAAUCUCAAAACAUUCUUUCCGGCCGCCCCCUCCCCAAACGACAACCUGCUCUCGGACGCCCGCCUCACCGCAAACGGCGGCUUUUUCAUGGCCCAGGCCCAGGCCCAGGACAGCACCAAGCCCAACGCAAAAGCACACGGCUACGGCGUCUCGAUGCUGCACCAAUCCCACUGCAUCGACAUGCUGCGCGCCGCGCUGUUCACCCCACAAACACAAAACGGACACGAACACCACGCCGCGCAUCUUCAACCCAGACGCGACGGCCUCCGCGAGCUCGACGUCCUUGACGCAGAGCACCUGGGCCAUUGUCUGGAUUACAUCGCGCAGGGCAUCGUGUGCUGCGCGGACGACACGCUCGAGCCGCGGGUCCUGGACCCCGAGAGGAAGGUCGCUGUUAUCAAUGGGAUGGGCGUGAGGCAUCGGUGUCGGGAUGCACGCGGGGUCCUGGAGGCUGUGGGUCGGUCGCAGAGGGAGCCGGUGCGGUUGGCGAGGGAGAUUGUGGGCGGGGAGACGGUGAGGGGGGUGCUGGGGUUGGAGGGCUGA